UAUGCAAGUGCAACUCCCCUGUUGCCUUCUAUUCUUAGCCGUGGUGUUGGUUGGCAGGUACGAAUUUCUUGCUAAUAUCAAUCUGGAUAGCAAUUAUGAAUUUAGUUGUAAAAUAUGACAGUGUCACUAAAAUGUACUAACUUUUCACCUUGCUGCUGUUAGAAAGUCUUCGACACUUCUUAUAUAUAAUUUGAUAUUUUUUGUCAAUAGGAAAAAAAAAAAGUUUUGAUAUGUUUGUCUCUGUUCUGUCAAGUUGCUUGCCAAAAUAGUCAAACUUCAUUAGUUCUAGCAAUGAUUUUUAGGUUGCCUUCAUAUACAUAUCCCAUUUCAUUGUUUUGGGUAAUCAUUAUAUUUUUCUCCUGAUCACAGGGAGUCGGCAUUCUUUUCUCUGGUAUAUUUGGAACUGGGAGUGGAUCAUCUGUAUUUGUUGAAAAUGCUGGUUUGUUAGCUUUGACACGUGUUGGCAGCCGAAGAGUCGUUCAGAUUUCAGCUGGAUUCAUGAUCUUCUUUUCUAUACUAGGAAAAUUUGGAGCUGUCUUUGCCUCAAUUCCAACACCAAUCAUUGCGGCUUUGUAUUGCUUUUUCUUUGCCUAUGUUGGUUCAGCAGGUCUCAGCUUACUUCAAUUUUGCAAUCUAAACAGUUUUAGGACGAAGUUUAUUAUAGGCUUCUCAAUUUUCAUAGGCUUUUCAAUCCCACAAUACUUCAAUGAGUAUACUGUUGUUAAUGGUUAUGGUCCAGUGCACACUGGAGCAAGAUGGUUCAAUGAUAUGAUCAACGUACCGUUCUCAUCAGAACCGUUUGUUGCUGGUAUGUUGGCAAUUUUCCUAGACAUCACUCUGCAUAAGAAAGACAGUGCAACAAGGAAAGAUAGAGGCAUGCAUUGGUGGGAUAGGUUCCAGUUGUUUAAGACAGAUACAAGAAGUGAGGAAUUCUACCAUCUGCCUUUCAAUUUCAACAAGUUUUUCCCAUCAGUAUGAUAUCGAAAACACAGUAAUUGUGAAGCUAGUGUUCUCCAAUGGCCAAAUACUCCUCUAAAUAUCUCUUUGUGGGUAUGACAUUAAUGCAUUAAAUCUUGUUUUGUUCCCCUUAUAUAUUUCAACUCCAUGAAAGAAAACCUACAGUGUUUUUAACAUCAAAUCUUUGUGUUUC